CAUGGCGGUAUUAGGUGAUGUCCACUUGUUAACACAAACGCUGCUGUACUUCGCAGGUUGUAUCGCGGGCCUUGUUGCUGUCGUUCCGCUGGGAAUAACAUCUUUAAAUUUCGAUGGGAAUUGUAUCUUGUACUCUGACGUAAAAUGGGUAAAUGCGACGUAUUUCACCUGUAAGUUUGGAAACUCCUCUGCUUGUCAUUUCCCCAUCUACCUAUUGGUGUUUGGUUGUAUUCUUUACGGCGCCGCCAUGGGAGGUUACAACAUGUACGCAUACUGCACCUCCAGGAAGGAUUGCACCAUAGGAUCACAGAUGUGGGUAAUGCCGUUCAUUAUGACCAAUUCCCUGCUCGUUGUCACCCUCUUCAUCGCCUCCUGUCUAGUCAGUGUCGGCUUCGGAGAGUUCUGUAACGGGUUUGUGGACGGGGCCAAGACAGCAGGCAACACUGUGAUAAACAGUUGUGUGGAUGGUCAGAAGUUGCAAUGGAAAAACAAGAACACAGGCGAAGAAUAUACUGGUGAUACUUACUUCAACUUUUUAACAACUGCCCAGACUGUAUCAUGGGCAUGCUUUCUUAUUUGGACCGCCCAGGUGGCGCUGUGUCUCCUUCGGUUUUGGCGGAACCGUCGGGGUCGUUCUAGUGGCCAGGUGCAGAUUGAUCACGGUCCAGAGACUAUCACGCAGAAUAUAUCCACUAUAGAGCCGACGGCAUAAGCCAUCAGCGUCGUCACCAGCAGCAGCUUUGUAAUAUCGGGACAUUCUCAGAAAAGAUCGAACUACUUCCUGGAAAGGAGUUGUCUACCAUAAUUUUGUCACGAUCUCCCCUCACAUGAAUUAGUCAUACAUGCACACUACUUCCGCAGACAUAUAACAGGCCGGUGUCAAGUGAUCGAGUUUGUCUAGAUAUAUAAUCAUGCAUGAGCUUACAUCAUCUACAGGUGUAACUUGUGUGGAUUUCCUCAUUUCUUUCUCUUCUUUUCCUUUGCUGUAUAGUUGAGUGUAUGAUUUCUUGUCCAUGUGGAAUCUCCUGUUUUGCGAUACCAUAUGCAACACAAUUGCUUCGACAUGCCCAUCUGUUUGUUUGUCCAUGCCUCUUCUUUGUACCUAUCGUCAGAAAUCCAUUACCAAUGAAACCUUGUUUGUGAGAACUUUGAUCAGAACGAAGUGGGCACUCAGUACCUUUCAUAUUCCAAUCAUUUAUCGGUUUUGUUCCGACCAUUUUUUGGGACAUAGCUGUCUGUUUUGUUGUCAGUAUUUUUGCUUGUUUGAAACAUGAUUGCUUGAAGGAUGUUUAUAGUAUGAAAGAGAGUUUGUUCUACAUUCAGUUUGUUGACAAGUUGACAUGUUUAUUGUUCGAUUUCUAGUUUAAGUCUUGUUUAAGUCACCUACUUGUAUAUAGCAUUUAUACGUGCAUAUUGUGUGCUACAUUGGCUUUGUCCUGCGAUAUUGUAUGCAUUACUCGCAUGGAGUCAUUUUAACAACAGUUGCGAAUCUUCUAAAAAUGACUAAAUAGAUGGUAUUAGAAUGUAACACAGUUAUUGUGUAUGUUCAAAUUCCAAAAAAACCCUUGGAUGCUACUGGGAAUGAAGCAAUGGAUAGAUUUUCUUUCGCUACAGUAGUCAUGGCUAGCUCUGUUUCAGGCAAAGCACAUGUCUCAAUCCACUAUAUAUGAACCAAGUCGGAAUUUCUAUGCAUCUGUGAAAUACUUGCUAUUUAGUGUGUGUAGAGGAAUGCAUGCCAAGCACAUUCAUCUCGAAUUGUAAACAUGAUUUUAACUUCAUAGAGAAUUAUCAAAAAGAUAUUCAUUUUUCGUUUCUAGUGUACAGGGUCUAAUUAUUUAUUCUUCAAAGUACA